CCGGACACUCCUUCCAGCGGAUCAGCGGUUCUCCACAGUCCCAGUCGCCCCGCUGUUGUCAGAGAUGGCGUCUCUUCUCCAGCCAGAUAGAGCCGUCUAUCUGGUCCGCGGGGAAAAGAAGAUUAGAGCUCCCUUGUCUCAGCUGUACUUCUGUCGUUACUGCAGCGAGCUGCGGUCUCUGGAAUGCGUUUCUCACGAGGUGGACUCCCAUUAUUGUCCAAGCUGCUUGGAAAAUAUGCCUCUGACUGAGGCCAAGCUUAAGAAGAACAGGUGUGCCAAUUGUUUCGACUGCCCUUGUUGCAUGCACACGCUGUCUACUCGGGCGACGAACAUUCCGUCUCCACUGCCCGAUGACCCCACCAAGAUGGCAAUGAAGAAGGCUUAUUAUCUGGCGUGUGGCUUCUGCCGCUGGACCUCCAGGGAUGUGGGGAUGGCUGACAAAUCUGUUGCCAGUGGUGGUUGGCAGGAGCCAGAAAAUCCUCAUGCUCAGCGGAUCAACAAGCUGAUGGAGUAUUACCAGCAGCUGGCUCACAGAGAGAAGCAGGAGCGGGACAGGAAGAAGCUGGCCAGGAGACGACAGUGCAUGCCGCUCGCCUUUUCGCAACACACAAUUCAUGUGGUGGAGAAAUACGGUCUGGGCACCAGACUGCAGAGGCAGAGGUCUGGAGCGCCCAUCUCAAGUCUGGCUGGUCUUUCUCUGAAGGAGGGGGAGGACCAGAAGGAAAUCUCCAUCGAGCCGGCGCAGGCCCUGGAUGAGGUGGAGCCCCUGCCGGAGGACUGUUACACCAGGCCCAUCAAUUUACCUGAAGUGACCACGCUGCGACAGCGCCUCCUGCAGCCAGACUUCCAGCCUGCGUGCGCCUCGCAGCUUCACCCCAGACACAAGUAUCUGCUGAAGAAGCGCUCGCUGCGCUGCAGGAAGUGUGAGCACAACCUGAGCAAACCGGAAUUUAACCCGACUUCAAUCAAGUUUAAGAUUCAACUGGUGGCUGUGAGUUAUAUUCCUGAAGUGCGAAUCAUGUCGAUCCCAAACCUCAGAUUCAACAAGGAGAGCCAAGUGCUGCUAACCCUGACCAACCCGGUGGAGAACGUUACCCAUGUGACUCUGGCAGCAUGUGAGGAGAACGACCCGGACGACAUGAACAGCACAGCCAAGGUCAUGGUUCCCGGCAAAGAGCUGACGCUGGCUGGCAAGGACGCCGCCGCCGAGUACGAUGAGCUGGCUGAACCCCAGGACUUCCAGGACGACCCGGAUGUCGUGGCCUUCAGAAAAUCCAACAAGAUCGGCUUCUUCAUCAAAGUCCUGCCCCAGAAAGAGGACGACACCGACGUCACCGUCUCCUUCAAGAUCCGACACGACUUCCGCAACCUGGCGGCUCCCAUCAGGCCCAGCGAGGAGGGCGCCGACGCGGCUGCCGAGGCCAUCUGGCUCACUCACCACGUGGAGCUGAGUCUGGGGCCGCUGGUUCCCUAAGUGAUGCUCACGCCUCCUGCAAUAAUGGCUCUUCUGUUUCCUCUGAGUCUGGAAGAAACGGUAUCUUACAGUAGGUCUUUGAAUAACGAGCAUCGAGUUCAACAUUUAUCAGUACUGUAAACAUGAUGGCGUCAUCCCAGUUACUUUCACCGCUUGUACAUAAAACACCCUCAUCCGAUGGAAGCAGAACAAACUAGUGUGCAGCGGCUGCACUGUAACCGUAACCCUGCUGUGGCACCUGCAUGCUACCAUGCUACUAUACUGCAGUUCUGUCUCCUCCUGUAGGAUCUAUAGCGACGGUGUCCGACGUCCCGACAAACACUAUGAUUUCCUGACACUCAGCCUCUGUCUCGUGAGCUGCAGUCUGAAGGUGUGUCACGUCACAGUGGCUGAACGUCUGCACUGGCUAUUAAAGCUGAGACACUGAAACCAACGUGUUGCUGUUUU